AUGACGAUGGAAAUGACGCCCCCAAAGAUUUGCCGAACUCAUGAAGCAUUUCUACGAAGAGGGCUGGAUGCGUGGAAGUGGCGGAGCACUAGCUUCCAGCCCGAACUGAAGCUCACGCUGCAAAAAUCUGGUGCCGCCAUCCCAGCCGUGCUUGUCAAAACCACGGCCUAUUCGUUUGGGGUCGAACUUGGCAAGAAGCCAAAAUACACUGAAUGCCUGGAGUAUCUCUUCGAGUUGGCAAUUGAGGCCAGCAAAGCCGGGAUCAAGAUCUAC